AGUAGAAUGAAGAAGUCACAAUUUACUAUUCUCACAUAUCUGUUUAUUUCUUUGACUUUUGGAUAUGUUCUGUCAAUUGGAAAUGAUUCCAAAAAGGAAAAUAAAUUGUUUCGCAGUCCGACAUCUGGAAAGCCAUUCAACAUUUUACGGGAAAUUCUCACUCAAGAAUCUUCUUUGCGUUCUUCUAUGGUGCAAAAAAUUCAGAAUUUGGUUAGGGAUGCAACAGCCAAGAAGAACAUCACCAAAUUAUUAUGGGAGAAGCUUGGUUAUUUGGGAAACAAAGUAAAUGAUUUACAAUUAAAGAAUCUUAGACUGGAAGAAACCUUGAAUGAAUCAUUGGAAGAUUUCAAUCAAGAUCAGAAUAAAACCAGCACACGGUUACAGAGCAUUCCUCCUCUACCGCAGUCAAAAAUGUCUUGUUUUCUUCCUUUUGAUUGUUACGACAUCUACAAUUGUGGAGAAAGAAAAACUGGUGUUUAUGAGAUCUAUCCUAUCUCACGUUUUAUCUCUACUCCAGUUCUGUGUGAUAUGGAAUCCAAAGGAGGCGGUUGGACGGUUAUUCAGCGCAGGAAUCGAGAAAGUCCCUAUGUAAAUUUCAACGCCGCUUGGGACGAAUACAAGCGAGGUUUUGGGGAUGUUCCAGGGAUGUAUUGGCUUGGAAACGAAGUCAUUCAUCAGCUGACCACCACUUAUAAGAACUCGUUGUAUAUAAGACUGAAAUCUACAAAGAAUGAGUCGUUUGAAGUUCAGUAUUCUUCGUUUUCCAUCUCAAAUGAUAGUGAUGAUUACAGACUAUCCUUAGGGGAAAAGUCAGGAAACAUUGCUGACGCAUUCAGAUCGUACAACAUAGUCGGCUUUCCCUUUUACACAUUCGACCGCGACAACAAACACAAGUGUGCAUCUCGGCAUGGGUCUGGAUGGUGGUUUGAUUAUUGUUAUCACGUGAAUCUUAAUGCUCCUCUUUUGAAGACGACGGAAGUAAUGCGUGGAAUUAUUUCGCAAGGAAGAUAUCUUUUCCAUUCGGAAAUGUUGAUUAGAAGAUCUAUCACAUAGCAAAUAAACAUUUCUU